AUGAAAAUGAAUGUAACUAAUAAUACUUCUCAUGACAGUAAAUUAGAAAUUCAAAAAAGUAGGAGAGAAUCUUUACAACAGCGGAAUGCUCUCCUAACAAUGAGACUAAAUAGCACAAAUCCUCAAAGAAUGGUAAAAAAGCCAUGGAGAGCAUCCAAUUCUCAUCAGCAAACUCCACAUCACAAGACUUCUCCCACAAUUACAAGUAAAAUCCCAUCUCCUGUAAGAAGACCAUUGCGAGGAAAUGAUAACAGCCCUAAUAGGCUCCCGUUAACUAAGAGGCCCACGGUCGAUAACACUAUCCACGCGAGUAAAAUACCUUCACCAAUCCGUUAUAUUAAAAACAAUAAUGCAAUAGUAACCAGCUCGACCACAGCGACGACAAGUAAUGUUACCGAAAAUGAUUAUGGGAAAAUAUUCUCUUCACCAAAACUAUACAAACAAUUAACGUUACAAGAUUUUGAAAUUGGUAAGAAAUUGGGUAAAGGUAAAUUCGGUAAAGUAUAUUGUGUGAAACAUAAAGAAAGUGGGUUUAUUUGUGCAUUAAAAGCGAUGGAUAAGAGUGAGAUAAUUCAAUAUAAUUUACAGAGACAAUUCCGUAGAGAAGUCGAAAUUCAAACAAGUUUAAAUCAUCCAAAUUUAACGAAGUUAUAUGGUCAUUUUUAUGAUGACAAAAGAGUCUAUCUUAUCAUGGAAUAUCUUGUUUAUGGUGAAUUAUAUAAAUUACUAAGAUCGCAUGGACCAUUUAAUGAUAUUAUUGCUUCGAGAUUUGUUUAUCAAAUUGCUGAUGCUUUGAAUCAUCUUCAUGAAAAAGGUAUUAUCCAUAGAGAUUUAAAGCCGGAGAAUAUCUUAAUUGGGUUCAAUAAUGUUUUGAAGUUAACAGAUUUUGGUUGGAGCAUUAUUAAUCCGAAAGGAGUGAAAAGGAAAACAUUAUGUGGGACCAUUGAUUAUUUAUCACCAGAGAUGAUCAGAUCAAGAGAGUAUGAUGAUACGGUGGACGUAUGGGCCCUUGGUGUUCUUACGUACGAGUUAGUUGCUGGCGACCCACCUUUUGAAGAGGAUUCCAAAGAGUUAACAUAUAAGCGAAUUCUAAAAGGGGAAAUAAGGUUUCCAGGGACCGUAUCACAAGAUGUCAGAGAUUUGAUUUCCAGGCUCUUGAAAAAUGAUCCUAAAGAAAGGAUAUUGCUAAAGGAGGUGAUGGUACAUCCAUGGAUCAUGAGGAACAAACCAUUUUGGUAG